GGACAACGACCAAAGAUCUACGCAAUGUCGGACCCUGCCAUAACCAUUCAUGUUGCCCAGCUAGUCUUCCAACUGCUGGCGCUUGCCUCCCCGCCUUUCCCAGGUCGGCGCACAGUCGUCUUUCUUGUCCUCGUCAUCCUUGCUAUCGCGCCACACUUUACGAACUUUGCCACUGAUGUACCUGGCGACGCGCAACCUUUUGCUCUCUUGUGGCCUAUCUACCUAGGCACCAUGAAUGAAUUUCUAUGCGCUUCGGGUGUCGGGCCAGAAGAUAGUUACUGGCGCAUCGACCACCCAGCACGCGAGGCACGUGAGAUGAUGCCCUGGGGUCCCAGGAAGCUCAAAUGGGCAGGUGCCAUUAUUCUGAACACGCGCGGUGUCGGGUGGAAUUAUGAGGUCGCCAAGAUCCCGCCUAAGCCUAAGGCGACAAGAGGGAGAUUUCUGCUAGGACAGAUAGUGCAGCUCGUUAAAAUGACACUGAUGUCCGAUCUCCUUUUCCAGCUCUCAGAGCGUCUGCUCUGGACUCCACGACCCGUGGACUCGAAGUAUCUGACAGUUACUCAUCCCGACUGGCGCUGGAGCUUCAUCAGGGUGCUUGUCUGGGCUUGUGGGCCAUACUUCUUUGUUAGCUUUCAGUAUGUAACUGCUACCAUCUUCACCGUAGCUUUGGGGAUAUGUAAACCGGAGGAUUGGCCACCUUACUUUGGAGACGUAAGCCAGGCCACUACGGUGCGCAACUUUUGGGGUUCUUUCUGGCACCAAACGCUCCGUCGGUCCCUAACAAAGCUGAACGACUUUGUCAUAAACACUCUCUCGAUCCCUCGCGGGACGAACCUCUCGUCUUACACGCAGAUCUGGGUUGCGUUUGCCUUUUCUGGAUUUAUGCAUGUCCAGUCUAUGCUUCUCCUCCCACACCCGCCUAACCUUACCGCAGACGAGCGCUUCACGGGUGUCCUCGUCUUUUUCUUGUGGCAGGCCGUCGCCAUCACCACUGAAGACUUUGCAAUGUGGCUGUGGCGCCAGGUUUCGGGCGGUAGGGAAUUAAAUCCCAAAGUUAGUAGGCUUAUCGGCUACGCGUGGGUAACGUGGUCCAUGUGGUUUUCUCUCCCUUGGGCAGCAGAUGUCAUGAUGAGGAUCCGCAUGACUGAGAAGUCCAUGCUACCCUUCUCUAUAGUCAGACCCCUCGUCCAGCAAAUCCCGAUUCCUCCAUAGGGAGGAAGAUAAGAAAGCCUAGAAGUGGACUUCAAGAGGGAAGAACACUCAUAUAGCGUAAUCAAGAACGCAGAAAACUGUAGGUUCGUUGGGUCUCUAUUGGAAGAUGGGGUCAUAUAGACUACGGGGUUACGUUGGAGAAUCGCGGAAAGUAGCUUUCCGAGGGCUUGUAGUCUGGUAGAUCAAAAUAAGAUUAUCCAUCAUUUGGCCUCUUUUUUUCAUGUACGUGGUGAACGGUUUCCCGGUAAAGCUCCCCUGACGAAUUCUCGAAUAGCGCGCCUAGAGUGAAGAAAUGUAGAUUUCGAAAGGCCGUACUGCGAAUGCACGUCAACAGA